AUGUGGUACAAGACAAAAUUUGUGGUGUAAACAAAUGCCCCCCAACUACUUAGUGCAUAAGGAUUAUGGACUAAGUAGUUGAGACCAACUUGACCACUUAUAUCCCUUCUCUAACUGGUCCUCGAGUACCAAGGCUUGUCUCUACUCACCCAUGACCACAGGUUCAAUAAAACUUGAAAUUUUUACCCCUAAAACAACACCAUGAUACCUACGUCUUUCAAGUGGCUAGCUAUGCCGCCUAUGUUGUCUUCAUUCAUGUGUAGCCACGAGAAACCCUUGCCUUGUUGGCUUUUCGUCAACAAUUCAGUGAGGCCCCUACACUUUUCUUAUUGUACAUGAUCAAGUUGGCUGAUAACGAUGUAAUUGCACAUGUUUGCGCCCCUAGUUCUUAUUCGUUUGAGGGUCAUAGUCGUGUGUUUUGGCCUAUUUUACGCCGGGUUGUGCUAUUUUGUCAUAUUUCAGGUCCCAGGCGUCAAAGGGAAGGCCAACCACGAGUUUCGGGGCAUUCGGAAGUCAUUUCGUCAAGCUGGAGCCAAAACACGGGCAGCCUAAAGCAUUACACGGCCGUGUUCCGGUGGCCGUGCUUUUUAUGCCGAGAGCUGAUCUGAUUACACGGGUAGGGCCGAGACAAAGCACGGCCGUGUUCCACAAAAGCACGGUCGUGUCCAACGCGAAGCACGGCCGUGUUUCUCCCCAACUGCUGGCCGUGUAAUUAACACUGGCCGAGACACGGGCAGGCUCAGGCAAAGCACGGCCGUGUCCUCGACCGUGCUUUGGACACUGAUGCUUUUAAGCAGAUUUUCAGCCACAAGUCAAGGGGAUUCGAGUUUUAGAGAGAGAGAUCAGUUCCUAGAGAGAGAAAGCGACAAACAAGAGUCUCCAAGUGCCCUAGAUUGAUCUUCAACACCAUUGGAGGCCAGUUUGAGCUUGGAGAAGUGCCGAUCAACGUCCAGGAGUAGGAAUCCAUCCUUCACAGUAUGAAUUCCGCGUCUGAUUCUGCUUUUGCUUUCUUCUCCAUGGAGUAGUUCUUCCAUUCAUCUGGUUAGGGAGAACCCUAGAUUUGUAUGUUAGGUUUGAUUGUAUGAACCCAAGUACUGAUUCUAUGAUUGAUUAUAUUCGAUUGAGGUUUUAAUGAUUGAAUGACUUGAAUCCUGAUCAAAUUCCUGUUGUUUCUGCUUUAACCUAGAAUGAGAAUAUCUGCCUAGGUUAAUAGAGUAUCCUUGAUUGAAGGUAGGGAGUUGGUGGCUUUAGUCGAGGAACCAACUCACUAUUCUGUACCGGAUUUACUCCGGUAGUGGAGGUUUCGUUCUUAGGGCCUCAAUCUGUCUACUCCGGUGGAGGUUAGUCGCCCGCUAGAGAUUCAGAUUGAGAGGGUCUGAAGACCUUUAGUCGAGACUUCAGGAUAUUUAAGAACCUUCCGCAGUAUAACUUUCAUAGAAACUGAACUUGGUAAUUACAAUCCGGCUUAACUGCAGUCUGGGGGGAACCAUAUCCGGGUGACCUCUUUAACCUGAAUACAACCGUUUACUUGCUUUGUUAGUUUGAUAGUUUAGACUUGCAUUCCAGUUUCAUUGCUGGAUAACAAGAAUUCACUGAGUAGUCAUCAGAUCUAGGACACGGGUUGACAUAUAAACCUAACCCGCUAUACUACGCUUUAGGAAGUGGUUACACUUGGCUAAUUCCUAGGGUGACAGUAGAGUCGAGUCAAGUUUUUGGCGCCGUUGCUCAACAUCAGCAUACCGUUCGUGGAGGCACUGUCGAAGAUGCCUAAGUACGCGAAGUUCAUGAAAGAUCUCUGCACCAACAAGAAGAAACUUGGGGAUCUCUCGACAGUGAUGCUGAGCGAGGAGUGUUCUGCUAUCCUGCAGAACAAGCUGCCCGAGAAGCGCAAGGAUCCAGGGAGUUUUACUAUCCCUCUUACUAUUGGCAGCAUGCAUGUAGGCAAGUCCUUGGCGGACCUAGGCGCUAGCAUAAACGUCAUGCCAUAUAAGUUGUAUAAAAUGCUAGACCUAGGUGAACUUAGCCCUACUAGGAUGAGCAUUCAAUUAGCUGAUCGUUCUAUUGUGCAUCCUAGGGGAAUCAUAGAGGAUCUGCUUGUUGGUGUUGGUGCAUUCACAUAUCCUGUUGAUUUUGUUCUUCUUGAUAUACAUGAGGAUGUGGAUGUGCCUUUGAUUCUAGGUAGGCCAUUUCUUGCCACCGCCAAGGCACUUAUUGAUGUGCAUGAUGGUAAACUGAUCCUGCGUGCUGGGAAUGAACAGGCUACUUUUUCUGUGACUGAGUUUGAUCACUGUGCUAUGAUUGUUGUCACGCCUGUGAAUGCCAGUUCUGAUCAGGUACACGAGCCUGUCGUGUAUCCUUCUACUCCUCUCAUUUUGCAGGACCCUCCUAUCAUUACUUCGCCGCCACUCCAUCCAGUCUCGCCUCCGAACAAAAAGCUCAAGGAGGAGUGGCGGCCGAAGCCGCAGGUUGCUAAGCCUGCACGGAAGAAGCGUGGAGACCACUAUGAGCUGGUCCCACCUCCUGCACCACGACCACCCUGGCCGUCCGGGUACUCACUCGCCUGCAUCUUGCCAGAUGGGCAGGUCGAGCUAACUGAUGAUGGUGGUCGCAUCCGUCGGGUGCAUGGCCACGACCUGAAGCUGUACCUCAAGAGCGACGUGGAUCCGCUCUUGGAGGAACCUGUUCCUGCACCGCCCUGAGUAUCCACCAUGGGCGUCCAGCUAAAAGACGGUAAAGAAGCGCUUGUGGGGAGGCAACCCCACCACGGUUUGAUUUUCUUUCUUGUGUUUUGAGUCGGAUUGUAACCCGGUUUGGGUUUGGUUUGUUUUCUUUUGGUUUGGAUGAUAUUUUAUUGGGCUGACCAUUGAACCUAACAUAUUGUGUUUGAGCUCUUCUGUUCCCCUUUGGCUGUGCUUGCCCUGACUGGUCCCCUCUCCAGUCCGCUUCACUCGACUGGCCCGCUUCCAGUCUCCUGCAGUCCAUGCAUACCGGUAACAUCGUUCCCCUUAUCCUUCCCUCUUCUCCAUUGAGGGCAAUGUCGAUCUUAAGUGUGGGGGGGUGUUUAUCUUUUGACUGCAUUAGAUCUGUUUGUGUGCUUGGAGCCUAGUCCACUGUCCAAAUUUUUAAAUUUGAGGGCUCCAAGUACGUGUUUCCUUGCAAUUGCCUGCUCAGUAUGCUUUGAAUUGACAGUCUUUAUAGUAAUAUGCAACCUAGGGAGGUAGUGUAGCACUAUGGAGGAUGUUGAUGCAUUUAAGAAAUCUCAUUUCUUCUUCAUAUUGUGUUGGUUGAUUGAGUGAAUUAGUGAUCUUAGGACCCUUGAAUUGUGUGAGGUUGUGGAUUUUCUACCUGUCAUGGACUCUUGUGUCAUGUUUUGAAAAUAACAGGUGCUCAAAAAUGUGCUUCCAAAUAAACGUCUCCCGUGCGAAUAGGGCGAAAGUGUGUAAGGGGAGACGUGAAUUCGUUCCCAAUUUCCACCUACUACCUCCAGCCCCCUUACAUGUCUUUCCCCCGCAGGAGGCUCGAGACAUCCGCUCCUGGCAUGGCCGGUAAGAGCAGGUUGGGACCCUUGAAAAAAAAAAGAAGAAGAAUAAUAGAAAACAAGCAAAAAAAAAAAAAGGGGUUCCAACCAUCUUCAAAGAAAAUAGAGCACCUUGA